UAUUGCUCAGAAGAUGGUCAGAUUUUGUCAUGGGAUAAUUUCAAUUGUGGCCCAUCCACGACGACACCCCAAACGACUCCUGAAACGACAUACCCUUUCACUACUACACCUUUAACUGCAAUACCUACAACACCUUUCACAGAAAUACCUCCAGGUAUGUGUAAAUAUGAAGACAAGUUCUACCAAGAGGGGGAGGUAAUAGAUUCUGGCCAGGAUUAUACCUCUAACUGGUGCUGGACUACGAUUUGCGGUAGCGAUGGUGAAGUAUUACAUGGAGAUGACUUCAACUGUUUCGGAUCAAGUGCUGAGCCGAGUCCCGAGCCUUCAACUCCACCAACCACAAUUCCUGCAGGCUGCCUAUACGAAGGGAAAUUCUAUAAUCCCGGAGAAGAUAUAGCAGCAGCUUCGGGGCAAGACGGUAACUGGUGUUACGGUGCAUAUUGCUCAGAAGAUGACGGCCAGAUUGUGCCAUGGGAUAAUUUCAAUUGUGGCGAAACAACGAUACCACAACAAACAACUACCCCAAGUGGAAUGUGCUUAUACAACGGUCAAUAUUACCCUCAGGGUGCGACUAUAGAUCCAACGUCUGCUCCCAGUGGCGACCAGUGUUGGGGGAGAUUUUGUGGAGAUGAUGGAGACGUGGUUGUGUGGCAAAAUCCAGAUUGUGGAACGUCUACUAUCACUACAAGGAGGUAUACAACUACCGCACCAGGGGCAGCCGAGUGUUAUUACAAGGGCAAUUACUACCCUGAAGGUGAACAUGUCAAUGAUUACGACAUCUGCCUCGUGUGUGCAUGCUGGAGUGGGGAAAUGCAAUGUGGGGGAUUAUGGACUGUACCUGACUGCGAGGUCAAUGGGACUGAGCCCAUACCAACCACCCCUAUCCCUGAGCCUGAACCAGAGUGCGAGACAGGUACUAUUAAAACAGAAUCGUGUCAUGUGUGGAUGUGUUCUGAUCAGGGUCUCUGGGAAGCCUACCACUUCACAGCCACUGAAGAAUGCUGUAUGGGUAUAGAGAGGCCUGAAUGUGAGACCAUGCUUGAUACAACUCUUCCACCCAAGCCCAAAACUACACUUCCAUAGACAGAAUCAACACAUCGUUCAAUAACUGCCGAGUGUGAAAAUGGAGACUAAAAUUGAAAAUUGUUAUAUCGUGUGGUGUAAUGAUGGUGGGUGGAUGACGUUUGAAUUUGCGGCUAUAGAUAGGAGUGUAUUUCCCACAACAACCCACCUAUGAGCUUAAAAGAUGGACUUAAAGACUGAACUCGAUUAUACUUUCAGAUAUCGAUAUGAUACUUCUCAUACAUUGAAUACAAAUCAAAGCUAGCUGAAUUUCAGAAUUUGAUACAGAGAUAGGCUAAUGUUUAAAAAACAUUAUUUUAACUAUAGUUUACAUUGAAAAUAUGAAAGCGUGACUUUGUGUUAAUACUGGGGGUCGGGGUGGUUCCUUUUUAGGAAGGGAACUGUCUCCCCUUCUCAAUCUCCAGAUCCAGUACCUCCGAUCUUUUUGCAUGUGUUAUGUAAAACUAUUACAGUGAACAUAAUAAGGCUUUUUUGAUAUUGUCAGUAUGUAUUGAAAUUGUGAAAUAUUUAUUAUGGAUUUGUGUCUCAUGAAUAAUAGUUGUUAUUGUCAUAUUAAUGAAGUGAUACUCAAAGAGCAGUUAAAACUAGAAUGAAAACACUUGUUGUGAUUGAUAGUGCUAUUCAGAUGGUGCUUUUCAGUAUGCGAGGCAUUGUGUAAAAUAACGGACCACUUUUCAGUUCUGUCGCACGUCAGAUGAUUCUCUUCAUAGUUCAUAAUGACCUAGGAUGGAUUUUCGACAUCCUAUAUAGAGGCCUAUCCUUAACACACCUGUGUCGAAUACGACAUAAAUAUGAAUUUCAAUUGAUUCUAUAUUUAUUAAACAUGACUCAUUUUCUUAGAAAAUACUGCGUCAAUUCAUGAACUUUCCUUUACCAAACACAUACGUGCAGAUAAUAGUCAGCUCUACAUGAUCAUUGCCCAUGGCGUGGUUUAAUAAGCGUGGGGAAUGGUUCGUUGAAUGAAUACUUUAUGAUCAGUUUCAAUAUUGAAAUGAUUAAUAAAUCAUAAUGUCGCGAGAUCAAACUAGUGGCUGAUCUAAUUUUGAAACAAAGGUCACCGGGCCCUUUUCUGAGAUAUAGUAAAUAAUUGAUUUGAGAUGUAUCUAAAAGAGCAUGUGGACUUUUGAAGUCUGAAAAAGUGUCCGUCCGUCCACACGUGUCUCAGCGCAAAAAGUUAAUUAUAUACUACCGUUUGACAGAUUUUGUUAAAAAUUUUGAGGCUAAUAUCACUCGGGCAUCAUGGGACUUGUUCUCGGGAAGAUAUUUCCAAUAUGGCCGAUCAUUCAAAAUGACCGCCAUUUAUAGUAAAAUUUAAUAUUUGAUAACUCAAACAUCGCUUGUUGGAUAUCGUGAAAAUUGUAUAGGCUGAUGCCAAAGAACAAAGAAUACCUGUCAAAGGAAAAUUCAAGAUGCCGCCAUUUGCGGGGAAAUGCAAUUGUUGAUUUUAAUAUCUUUAAUCAGAUUUAUUUUAUAUACGUAUUAAAAGGCUGAUGACUUUUGGGACUCGAAAAACUUUCCGAUAUGGUUUUUGAAUUUAAAGUGGUUACAUUUGGUAACAAAUAUCAAAGGCUGAUAAUAAAUUUGGAUGAGCUACUUCGGGCUGUUGCUGUUUUUAAACCGGUGACACAGCAAUACAGAUUGGUAAAUGAAGGUGUCAUGAUUACUUAUUACAAAACAUUGUUUAAUAACACAGUGUUAUAAAUUGUUUUCAAUAUUUGCAAUUCAAAGAACGAAUGUAGCUGGUUUGCAUCCUAGGACACUAUUAUGUCAUUUACCUUUAUGAUUUUGAACUGAUUUUGAAAUUGCAACAUCUCACUAACCAAGUCAAAGUUUUUUGAUUGUCAUGAGAAAAAUAGAAAGCAACACCAUAUGUAUAUGGUUGAUGGGAAUGUUGAAUUGAUGAAUGUAUUGGUAUGUGCAUAGAGCUACAUCACAAUUAAUCUAGUAUAUUCUAUAUAAAAUAGUUAACUAGAAGGUUUAAUUGCAUACAUAAAUAAUCAUUUUUAUAUUAGUGCUUUGUGGUCGACAAACUACCGUAUAUGCAUGUUUAAGGUCUACAUGACAAAGCCAUUAUUGCAUUGCUGCUAUGAUAUCAGAUGUUCACAAGCAAAUAAUGCGAAGUUGACAUUUCAAAUAUCAUGUUUUGCAAAUUGAUUAAUUACUACUUGCACGUUGGUGACAUUCUACCUUUUCUUUUGAAAUCAACAGAAUGAUGUAUCAAUAUUCUCACAUUUGUUUUUACGCAACUGUUAUUUUUACUGUUUGGAGUUACAGAAUAGAUCAUGUGAGUAUACUGCUUUUCAAUACAUUAACAGUAUUCGAUCUAUAAAAGCAAGUGACAUUCAAGUGCUGAAUACACUACAUGUGGGUCGAUCAAUAAGUAAUAAGAAAAAAUUAAAGGAAAUGUAGAAUAAUGGUACAUAUCAAUAUAAUAUAAAGCGUUUGAUUACGUCAUCAUUCAUUGUGAGCUCUAUACGUCCAUAAGUGUG